ACCUAUUCACUUUGCCCUUUUGCCUGUUGUUGCAACAUAAUUCAUGUCUUAUUCUCCAGUGCCUCCAGGCUGCUGGUUCUUAGUCUUCGUCUGGGUUUGGUGGCUGCCACUGAUGCUUGCUGCGGCUGAGGAGCAGCAAAGGGACGGCUGCUUGGGCUCGGCCAAGAGGUGCGGCAACAUGACUAUCUCCGACCCAUUCUGGCGCAGGGAUACCGAGAUGGAACCAGCUUGUGGUUUCUCAGAUUUCGAGCUCACUUGCUAUAACAACACUCCAGUUCUACGAAGCUUUAUGACCUCUGGCUACGGCUUUGCAGUGAUGAGUAUAAAUUAUGAGCAACGCAGCAUGCAUGUCGUUGAUGCGGGCAAGCUGGAAUUGUUGUCCAACAACUGCCUACCGAUCUGGAAUACAUCCGCCAAACUCGGCGACCAUUUCAGGAUCGCCUCCGACAACCUGAACCUCAUCUUCUACAGAUGCACGCAGGCCGCAGCGGCGGCUGUGAUACAUCGGGACAGAGAGCUGGUGCAGACGAGGAUGAGGUGCGAGAACAAAAGCGAGGUGUUUGUUCGUGCAGGUGGCCAUUACAACGAGAUGAGCAGCUACGACAUCUACGAGGGUUGUGACGCUGCCGUGAUGCCUGUGCUGGGCUCGUCAGGCGAGGCAAACGCGGGCAACUACAAGCAGCUCAUCAACAAUGGCUUCCUUCUGACAUGGAAGCGCCCUCUUUCUACACCUGCACGUGCAAGUAGCGAGAGGAGAGGGAAGAAGAUUAUGGUAAUAGGUAUGACAUCAGCAGCUGCAACAUUUCUCUUUGCAUGUCUUUAUGUGCUGAUACGGCAUAGAAAGGGGAAAAAACUAUGGUUUCUCCUUUGCAAGAAGACUAGCAGCAACACUGAAAGGAAUUACGAGGCCAUGAUAGUGUCGUAUGGAUCCCUAGCUCCAACAAGAUACACGUACUCAGAGGUAAUGAAAAUUACGUCUUCUCGCAACAAUCAGCUUGGGAAAGGUGGUUAUGGUGUGGUUUUCAAAGGAAGACUACAUGAUGAUCGUCUGGUGGCUGUGAAAUUCUUGCAUGACUGCAAAGGAAAUGGGGACGAGUUUGUGAAUGAGGUUAUGAGCAUUGGCAGGACCUCUCAUGUUAAUGUUGUUAGCUUAUAUGGGUUUUGUUUGGAGGCAUCAAAACGAGCUCUUAUAUAUGAGUACAUGCCCAAUGGUUCCUUGGAUAAGUACAUCUACUCAGAGAACCCCAAAGAAAUUUUAGGAUGGGAGAGGCUCUAUGCGAUAGCACUCAGGAUUGCUCGUGGCCUCGAAUACUUGCACCAUAGUUGUAAUACACGUAUCGUCCAUUUCGAUAUCAAGCCCCAAAAUAUCCUUCUAGACAAAGAUUUUAACCCAAAGAUUGCUGAUUUUGGUCUAGCUAAAUUGUGUCAUACAAAGGAGAGCAAUCUUUCAAUGACUGGAGCUAGAGGAACAAUUGGGUUCAUCGCUCCAGAAGUUCACUCUCGAACCUUCGGGGUGGUUUCAACAAAGUCAGAUGUUUAUAGUUAUGGAAUGAUGCUUUUGGAGAUGAUUGGAGGAAGGAGAAAUACAAAAUCAAAUGUUGCAAAAUCCAGCGAAAAGUAUUUUCCAGACUGGAUUUAUGAUCACUUUGUGCAAGAUGAUGGAUUACAAGCAUGUGAAGUCACAGGAGAAACUGAGGAAAUCGCAAGAAAGAUGACAUUAAUUGGCUUGUGGUGCGUACAGAUAUUGCCUGCAUAUCGUCCUACCAUAACCAAAGUUCUAGAAAUGUUCGAGAGAAGCUCAGAUGACAUGGACAUGCCACCGAAGCAAAACUUCUCAGGAUUGCUUGAAAGCUCAGCUCACAAUAUGGAUGUAGAAAGUUCAAGCUCUACCAGAUCUGAGGAGAUCAGCCUUGUGAAUUCAAAAAUCCUACAACAAUCGCCAACUCUUUGACAGAUAGGCCGUCUGAAUUAAAGAACCUACAUUCAUUUCAACCCUGUGAGAUGGUGGCCAUGUACUAGAGUACAUUCAGAAAUUGAAUAGGCGCAGUGAAAUUCGGCAUUGUAGUAGAACAUAUUCCAUGUAUGCAUGACCUAGAGUCAAGAGCAUCCGCAUGAAAGCGCCCUAAGUUACAGAACACAGAAGGAAUAAAAUGUAUUCUCAUGAGUUUUGUGUUCCAACUGCUAAAAGGCAUCGGAGGCAGACAGCCACCAAGAACUUCUUGACUGUAAGUUUCCCCCAAAACUGAAUAUUUCAGAAUCCGGAU